AUGAGAUUGCUACAUUUGUAUGAAGUAAGUUUGAAGAGGAGGCCCAAGACAACGAAUGCAAUAAUGACAGGUGCAUUAUUUGGGAUCGGUGACGUGUCAGCCCAGUUUUUAUUCCCCACUUCCAAGGUAGACAAGGGUUUCGACUAUAAAAGGACAGCCAGAGCUGUCGUAUAUGGUUCUUUGAUUUUUUCCUUUAUAGGCGAUAAAUGGUACAGGAUAUUGAACAAUAGGGUCUAUAUGCGUAAUAAGCCUCAGUACCACUGGUCUAACAUGGUGUUACGGGUGGCUGUCGAUCAGUUAGCGUUUGCGCCGCUAGGUUUGCCAUUUUAUUUUACAUGCAUGUCCAUUAUGGAAGGCGAGUCCCUCGAUGUAGCCAAGUUGAAAAUAGGAGAAGAAUGGUGGCCCACGCUUUUGACUAAUUGGGCGGUUUGGCCAAUUUUUCAGGCUGUGAACUUUUCUAUUGUUCCUUUACAACAUAGGCUACUGGCAGUUAAUGUUGUUGCAAUAUUUUGGAACACGUACCUAUCUUAUAAAAAUUCGAAGGUCACAGAAAAAGAAAGGGUGCCUGUUCAUUAUCCUCCUGUCGUUGAAUAA